UUGGGUUGACAAAGAAGCAGCACAGCACCAAACUUUCUAAUGAACCCAGCUAUGUGGCUGAGAGUCCUCCUCACCUCGGUCCUCAGCUUCUACAGCUGCCAGCCAGCGUCAGUCUUUCUGGAUGCAGAUCGAGCCCAUGGUGUCCUGGUCCGGACUCGGAGGUUUAACUCGGGCUGGUUGGAGGAGCUGCAGAUGGGGGAUCUGAAGAGGGAGUGUCUGGAGGAAAAAUGUUCGUAUGAGGAGGCCCGGGAGGUGUUCGAACACAGCGAGACCACGGACGAGUUCUGGAGGACUUAUAACACCCCAGACAACUGUAAGUCCAACCCCUGUCUGAACGGCGGCAGCUGCUCCAGCCAGGGCUCGACCUACACCUGCCUCUGUCGACCGCAGUUCAGCGGAAUCCGCUGUGAGCUCGAGUUCCUGGCCGUAUCCAACACCUGCCUGCUGCAGAACGGAGGCUGUGAACAUUUCUGCGAUGAAGGCCAGGAAGGGCGAAAGUUAAACUGCUCGUGUGCAGACGGCUACUUUCUGAACGCCGACGGGCAGAGCUGCGUAGCACGAGGGCCGAUAGCCUGCGGUAUGGUGCCUGUCCUGCAGGGGGAAAACAAAGCCCAGCAGCCUGACGCUCGCGCUCGAAUCGUUGGCGGAACGGAGUGCCCCAAAGGCGAAUGCCCCUGGCAGGUUUUGCUGUUGUAUAAAGGCAAAGGGUUUUGUGGAGGCGUGAUUUAUAAACCCACAUGGAUCCUCACAGCGUCUCACUGUUUGGAGAACACAGACGUCCAGCUGCUGAAGGUGGUCGCAGGCGAACACAACACGGAGGUGAAUGAGGGCACGGAGCAGCUCAUCCAGGUGACUGAGAUCAUCAUGCACGAGAACUACCAGAUGUGCACCGCCAACAACGACAUCGCCCUCCUCCGGCUGGCGUCACCCAUCGUCUACACGCCGUACGCCGUCCCAGCCUGCCUGCCGACGCGCCCCUUGGCUGAGCGUCACCUCUGGGCCAUCAACCUGCACACGGUGAGCGGCUGGGGGAGGAGGAGUGAGAACGGGCCCACCUCGCACAUCCUCCGCCGCCUGAAGGUGCCGCGGAUCCCGACGCAGCAGUGUGUGGAGGAUAGCGGCGUGGUGCUCACCAAGAACAUGUUCUGCGCCGGAUACAUCGAGGGCCAGCAGGACUCGUGUAAAGGCGACAGCGGCGGGCCCCUGGUGACGCAGUACAAGAAGACGACCUUCCUGCUGGGGAUCGUCAGCUGGGGGAAGGGCUGUGCCCGACCGGGCAACUACGGCAUCUACACCCGGGUGUCCAACUACCUGGAGUGGAUUCGCAACCGAACAGCGACGCCAGAUCAGCCGAACAACCACACUGAGGCCCUGCUACACAACCUGACUACCUGAGGAGUCAGGGGGC